UACGAACUUAGAAGUUUGCUUUCUGCAACUUUCCCGAAUCGUCAAUCGGGUCACUGCUCUUCUUUCUUUCUUUGUCAGUUCACUGAUUCUGAUGGCUUUUGCUCAUUAUUUGGUUGCGGUUCCAAUUGAUACGUCCAAGCACGCAAAAACUUCAUUUCUCCCUUCUUCUAUGGAGUCUCUGUCUUCGUUAGCUUUCACUUCCUCAUCAUCAUCUUCUUCUUCUCCUUUUCCUCUCUUGUCUAAAGCCCGAAAUCUCUCAAUUUUUCCCAGAAUUAACAGAAUCAGACACAAAGCCAAGGCUGAACCUCAAAAUUCUGAAGUGAAUGUGGCAGCAGAUGCAUUUACUCAUUUCAAACAUCUGCUACUACCAAUAACGGACACAAAUCCUUAUCUUUCAGAAGGAACAAGACAGGCAGCUGCAACUACUGCUGCUUUGGCAAAGAAGAAUGGGGCUGACAUUACUGUUGUGGUUAUUGAUGAAAAACAGAAAGAGGCGUUGCCAGAGCAUGAAGCUCAACUGGCUAGCAUUCGUUGGCAUCUGUCUCAAGGUGGGUUUCAGGAAUUCAAGUUGCUGGAGCGACUUGGGGAAGGAAGCAAGCCUACUGCUAUCAUUGGUGAAGUUGCUGACGACCUAAAUUUGGAUCUAGUGGUUAUAAGCAUGGAAGCCAUCCAUUCCAAGCAUGUGGAUGCAAAUCUACUGGCUGAGUUCAUCCCAUGUCCGGUCCUACUUUUACCAUUAUAAAAUGUAUAAUCUUUGAGAUUGAACUCAACUGUGUUGCAAAUGCCAGUUUUCUCCUAGGCUUUAGUGGUCUCCAUUUAUUUUGUUUAAGCUUUACUAAUUGAUUUGCUUAUAUAUGGAAGUACUAGUCUGGUAAGAUUACAAGAGUUUGGAAUGGCAGAAUUGGCAUUAUCCAUGAAUGAUUGAUCUUGGCAUAUUCUGAGGCAAAAAAAAAAAAAAUCUAGAAGUGCCAGAUUGAUAAUAAUGUUACAAGUAGAAUUUAGGAUCUGUAUCUCGUUGAAGCAAUGAGUACGUACAUAGAACUUUUUCACAACAG